UUAUUUUCACGCACAGACCCGGAAGUAGUAGUGUUUUUCCCUUUUUGCUGCUGAGGAAAAGAGAAAUGUCAAGUUCUGAUGAAAAAUACCGAAAACUAACCACAGAAUACGCUAAAUUAAAGGCUCAAAUACCAGUACUGAAGAAGGCCUAUCUAGAUGAACAAGCAGCUCACAAUGAAUUAAAGAAUGAGUUCAAAGAGCGUGAGCAGACAGUAAGAAAGUUUGAACAAGAAGUUGACAGUUUGACAUUUCGAAAUCAACAACUAUCAUCUAGAUGUAGUUUUCUACAGGAUGAACUUGAAGCAGCUGAUUCGAAGAAAAAACACAAGCAUAAAGACUCUCCUUCCCAUCAUGCACCUCCAGUCUCACCUGGGAUAUUCAAUGAGGAACUACAAAAUAAAAUUGAAGAAAAUGCAAGACUACACCAACAGCUAGGAGAUUGUGAAGCUGAAUUUACUGCACAGAUAAAGGACUUAGAACAGAAACUUGCCCAUUUUGAACGACAGUGUGACCAACAUGAGGCUGUACUCAACUCAACCGUACAGAAAAACAAGUCCCAGAUUGAUAAACUACAGGAAGAGAAAGCUAUGUUAGAGGUGAAACUCCAAACAAUAGAGGAUGAAAUUAAAAGCUACAAAGGCAGAACAGAAAAAGCGGAGACUUUACUCGGUACUGUUGAAAACGACUUGAAGAACCAACUGAACCUUGCUAAUAAAAUUAUUGCUGAUAAAUUACCUUUUGUUGACACAAAAAUACCUGAGUUGAAUGGUUUAAAUUUACCAACACAUGAUAGGAGACAUCAGCUUAGAUCUCGAGAACUUGUAAACCAGUCUGCUAAUCUACUAGGGGAGGUAAUUCAGGCACUGUCUAAUUUCUACACAUACACAGAACAGAGGUCACAGAUAUAUCCAGCAGACGGCAAGGUGGAGCCAAUUAGUCCAGUAAAUAUGCAGUUUUGUAAAUUACUGCAUGAGAAUUUAUCUCAUUUACGACCAGUAGAACUGUCAUUGAAAGAGUUUGUCGCCUCAUUUAAAGAGGAUGCAUUAACUACACUUGAAACUGCUACUGGGUUACAACCAUUUGCCAAAAAUGUAAAGAAAAUGGUGGCAUAUAUGAACAAAGUACUGCCUUACCAACUGUCAAGUUUAGAAGAGGAGUGUGCAGUGUCAUCAUGUACAUCAAUGUUAGAAUCUAAAAACAUGGACCUACAUAGAUCUCUGAAGAAACUAAACGCAGUAUUCAAUAAACUAGACACUAUAACUAGUCUUCUUGCAGCUCAAAGUACAAAAUCUUGUGCACACAGUCCAUCAAAUCACCCUCGUAUGUUCACCAUAUUAUGUAAUUAUCUGACUGAUCUACAUGAGGUUGUACGAGAGGUAUCCAAGCAUUACAAUGCCAAAGUAUCAUUAGAGCAUCAGAUGCCAACAGCUACACAACGAUUGAAGACAACAGAUGAAUGUGUUGUCUCUUCACUUAUAUCUCUAGUCACUUCCACUGGAAAGUUUUCAACAUUUUUGUCUGGUAAUAAGGAAUUUUUCAGUCAGCGUGCCGGGUACCGUACAAGAGGAAGUAGUAUAGGUAUAGAUCCUGGUACCCAAACUGUCCGGUCUAAUCCUGCAACAGUAAACUUUAGACAAAAAGCUGCACAGUAUAUUGCAUUGUUAUCCAAGCCAUGCCCAGAGUCAGUACCCCACCACAUUGCAGUUCACAAUAGAAAAGUGUUGCUAAGUUCUGCUGAAAGCAGGGAAGGACUUGCUAAACAAAUUGAGACAUUCCAACAGAAAGUGAGCAAACUUGAGCAGGAAAAAGAACAUUGGAUGCUGGAACAUCAACUUUUGAAAAUCAAGUUUGAAAAUGAAACAGAGAAAAGUAAGAAGUUAGAGAAACAGCUAGAGAACAGUAGUCAUGUAGAGCAGAUCACAUCAAUACAAGAUAAUAUAGAAACACCUGUCCCUGUCAGGAAAGGAACAGAUUCGGAUAAACGUCUUGAUGUUACCAUGCUAGGGAAGGUUGAUAGCUCUACAAAAUCUACAGGUGUUGUUGAUACAAGAGAGAUGUUAAUAAAGAAUCAUUUCUCUACAAGAAUUAAUGAACUAACUCAACAGCUACAAUUAUCAGACAGCAAAUGUGUGAGCUUCCAUGCUGAGGUUCGAGCCUUACACAAACAAUUACAGAUGGGUGAGAGAGCCAAGAAACAUGCCGAGGAUGAACUUAAAGCAAUGUCACAAACAUACGCUCAACUCAAGGAUGAGUUAUCAACCACCAGUAAGAACUAUGAAAGCCAGUUAAGUAUGAUGAGUGACCACUUGGCUGGAAUGAAUGAAAAACUGACCCAACAAAAAGAUGAAAUAGAUGAACUCAAGUCUCAGAUAUCCAAUGCUAAAUCUUCAUCUUCAUCAUCACAUUCUAAGUUUUCAUUGAAAAAAUCCAGAAAAUGAGGCCAUGUAGGAUGUACAUCUGUAAAACAAGGAGAAACAGUUUACUUACUUCUGUCUUAUGGUUUACCAAUGAUCAUUACUUUUACAUUGUUUUCUCAGGGGCCUUGAGCUUAUCCAAUGAUUUAUUUCCUAUAUCCUCUGUUGAUUUUUAUUGAUUGGUUGAUGAAGAAAAAGCUAUCCUUUAAAUAUGGACAUAUGUAGGGCGCUAAGAUUUACAUGUUUGCAAAUGAUAUUACAUGUACAUUUCGGAAAAUUCAGUGUCAAGUCAUGUUGGUGUCUUGCAUUUGCAAAUCAAGUAUUAUAAUAAGUGUAAUGGGUAGAUGUUCUCUCUUUUAUUGGGCGUGCAUUUGGAAACUGUUUAACCAUUGAAUCUAGAAGGAAUUGUGUGUGUAAAGAACUGUGCAAUAUAACAUUAUUAUGUACUUUUAAGAUAAAUAAAGAGAAAUUUACAUGCAUUUUACAUUUUUAUGUUCAUGUAUGUGUUUUGUAUAACAAUGUUGUGAUUAAAUUUAUGAAAUAUAUUUAGUUUGAGAUGAA